ACAACUACAGGUACAAGUGCAAAGCUUCCCCAUCCAUCAUAAUUACAAGGCUGAGGAUAGAGCUUAGAAGUGGAGCUCUCUCCCUCCCUUCUCCAUUCUUCUUCAUUCCACGCCAUAACAAUGUCUUCAAUGGCUUUGUUUUCUCCUUCAUCCCAUCUUUCUACUCUCUCUCCUUCUUCACACCACAGAACCCAUUUCUCCUUUAGACCCUUUUCUUCUCUCAGAACCAGAAACCCUUCUUCCUCCUCUCUCUUCACCAUCAGGGCCACUGCUGACAAUGGCGCUGGAAUUUCAGGUGGUUCAGCCGCUGUUGCAGUAGAAACCCCCGUCGAACAGAAGGAUCCGGAGCCGGCCAAGGCUGUAUCGGAAGAGCAGGAGAGUCUCGCUGGAACCAAUGGGUCGGUAGCGGCUGCUGAAGAAGUCGAGGUGGUUAGCAAAUUUGAAGACCCUAAAUGGAUUAAUGGGACUUGGGAUUUGAAUCAGUUCCAGAAAAAUGGAAGUACUGAUUGGGAUGCUGUUAUUGAUGCCGAGGCUAGGAGGAGGAAAUGGCUGGAAAACAAUCCAGAAUCAUCAAGUAAUGAGGACCCUGUGGUAUUUGACACAUCCAUAGUUCCUUGGUGGGCUUGGAUUAAGCGCUACCAUCUGCCAGAGGCUGAGCUACUCAAUGGCCGUGCAGCCAUGGUAGGGUUCUUCAUGGCUUACUUCGUGGAUAGCUUGACUGGGGUAGGACUAGUAGGUCAAAUGGGCAACUUCUUCUGCAAAACUUUGUUAUUUGUCGCUGUGGUGGGAGUUCUUUUGAUAAGAAAGAAUGAAGAUAUAGAGACUUUAAAGAAGUUGAUUGAUGAGACAACAUUUUAUGACAAGCAAUGGCAAGCAACUUGGCAGGAUGAAAACUCAGGCUCAGGCAAAAUGUAAUGAGGCAAAAGUUGCCUGUUUCUUGUUUUGUAUUAAUUAUGUUUGUAUCUCUAAGAUUUGGGCUAAGUAGAGAAGGAUAGAGCUCUGAAAGAUACUAAAUUUUUAGGCCUCAGUUUAAUGUAUCUUUAAGUUGAGAGUUUCAAUGAAAACAUCACUCAAAAAGCUUUGAUCUUUCUGGAAGUAUGCUUUUCAGGCUUCAGCUA